AUGGGUACAUAUUCUAGUCCCAUGGUGUGUUGCAGACACAUCGAGUCCAGAAUCCUCGGGCCCUCCAUGCGGUCCGUCCGUUCCGUCCGUUCCGCCCAGGCUCCCCAGGCGUGUUGGGAUUUGGGCGGCACACGUUUGUAUGCGGCCUCCGUUGGGACGGAUGUGGGAUGGAUGGGAAUAACUGAGGAAUGGCUCUUCGACAUUGGCAUCGUGUAUGGAGCUUUUCAGAUUUUCUUGGUGGAUCCUGCCAUGAAUGCCACACAGAUGCAGCUCACCAUGUUCUCAACACCAGCGAGUCACUUCCAGGCGACGCUGCAGAGUACAUUGGACUCCUGGAGCGUGCCCUGGAUGGGUCUGCAACUGGAAUCGAUCAGUCCCCCCGUGGUGGAUGAGACACGUGACCGAGAGAAGCGCCGGCUGAAGCGCAGCGUUGAGAUUGCCACGAAGACCAGUUCAGCGGAGACGGAUACGGUGAACGCGCGCCUCACCACGGCCUCCAACGCCAUCCAACGGCUGGAGACCCUGGCCACGACGAAAGUCUCCUCGGAGACCUUCGAACGGCUCCAGGCUCGCAUUGACACGAUGGAGGUCUCGGUCAUCAGGAAGGCGGACAGUGAGACCUUGGGAAAGCUAUCACAAGCGGUGACUGAGCAGGCGCGACAGCUGGAGUCUGUGUCCAGCCAAGUUCGAGACCAGCAUGGCCGUGUCGAGGUCAUUGAAGGUCGCACGGAGACAUUGAAAGACCAGCUCUUGCAAAAGGCCGAAGCCAAUAAUGUCUACACGUCCGACGGAGUCGAUGGGAUGCUGCGAGGCUUCUACAAUCGAGAAGAGAUGGAUGCAUUGCUGUCACGCAUUUGGUGGCGCUUGGGCGAUGUGGGAAAAGCGCCUACGACCUCCUCUGGGCCAAGACCACCCACGAGGUGA